CUAGCUGCAGCCUUGCUUGGCUCACCACUCCAGCGCCGUAGCCAUGGUCAAGACAAAGGCCUCGAAGGAGGCCAUGCGUUGGGCAGAUGAUGGAGCAGAAGGCCCCAUCGAACGAUCGCCCAGCGAUGCUGGAAACGAUUUUGACAUUCGUAUGCAAGAAGAACCUGACGGUAUGCUUGCGGCUCAGAAGAUCGUGCAAGUCCUCAAGGAGCGAGGCUUCUGUUUGGUUCAGGCCAACGCGCCGAUUCCAUUGAUUCAGACAGCCUUCGAAGAAGCAGAGUCUCUGUGGGAGGAAGGAGAGUUCAAACCUCCCAUCCGCGUCCAUGACGACCGAAGUUUGCUGGAAGCGCAGCUUUGGAGUCAUGCCCUCCAGGAUGUGGAAAGAAGCGUUUGGAUUCGAGAAGGCGAUUCGAAAGCAAUUCACCUCAAGAAUGCUUUGAAACUGCUUGGUCGCAACAUGGCAGACUUUUGUGCUGGGCUGGGUCCGCUUUUGGAGAAAGAGCUUGGCGUUCGCUUUGACAGAUUGGGCCAGCCAUUGCUCACCUGCUACACUGGUGACGCCACUCAUCGAGUGCACAUUGAUAAUCCACAUGAUGGAGAGGAAGGAAGUCUACCAGACAAUGGAAUGCGUGUCUCUUGCACCUACUACAUCAACCCGUGCUGGGAUCCCGAAGGUGACAACCAGGGUGGCAUGGAUAUAUACAUGACGGAUCCGUCCAUAACAAGCUCUUCAUCCAGUGCGAGAAAGUGCCCCAGAACCAGGGUGGCGCCGCACAUGGACACCUUGGUGUUGCAUCUCUCUGAGCGCAUCGUUCAUCAGAUGCUUCCAACCACAGGAAGCUCAGACAGAUGGUACUCUCUUCAGCUCUGGGCACUUAACGGCGAUGCGAUGCAGCAAAUGUCGAGGAAGCUACUAGCAAUGAGGCAACCAGCCAAAGAACCUGAUUCCGAUGAUGACUGAGAACAUCGCAUGGUGACAAAUAAC